GCCACACGGCGUGAUUCAUUGCCGAGAUAUAGCUUACGCAAAAACAAACACUCAUUUCUACCACACCUCUACACACGGGAUCCUAAUCAACGAUGCCUGGGUGGCAAGGACAGGACAACGUUUUAAAUGUACGGAAUUUGGAAGGCAAAUCAACAACAACUCAAUUAUAUCUGCCCACGGAUGAAAUACAUCGAACCCAAUCCUACACUAUUCAGCAAGGACAACCAGAACCAUCAAAAUCUUGUAAAUGUGGAAAAUGUGUUAUAUUUGUUCUCUUCAUCCUCGUGAUAGGCAUAGUCGCUGGAAUCUACUUUGCAGUGAUGUCAUCUGGAAAGGACGAGCAGCAUAUUGCAAACAAAACUAGUAUCGAAUCGAAUCCAUCUAACGACACGUAUACUGAUGACAAGUUACCAGAACACCCAAAAAUGAAAUCUACAACGCUAAAACCUACCACGGAAUCCACAACGGAGGCUAUACCCACGGCGUUUUCUGACGUCAUUUCAACAGCUGACAAUUCAGAAUUAUUACCUAUUCCUACCAUUACUGGUCAAGAUAUUAUACUGAGAAGUGUUGGAAACAUCGGCCAAAACAACACUGAUGACCCUCUGUUCUCAACAGAUCCACAAUGCAGAAAUCAAGAAAAUGCAGCAAUGUUCGUUUUCAGUUGUUUCAAUCCACACCAGUUUGGGAAUUUCCCGGACAAUGACACUGUGAAAUGCUAUUACGUGAGACAGGUGGGUAAGUGUUUGGAACUUUUGGUGGAGGAGCGAUACCGCGUCUCCUGCAAUGUUCUGGACCAACUCUACGUCUUCAAAUCCAGUGCUGACCUUAUCAAGAAGAGCGUCAAUUUCGACGUCAUAGUGCAAUGCCCUGAAUGGUGGGAUUACUACAAUGAUGCUCUCCACAAUACUACGGAUACAGUCAAUCAUACUUUAUCAUAAAGUUGCAUCACCUGUGACAACUCGAGUCUUAUCUCCGUCCCAUAAUCUGCAGAUUCUGCUUUCUCAAAGGAUUUUAAAAACGAAAAAGCAAUCUUAGUAAUGAACGCGACUGAAUGUUCAAUUACUUUCAAAAUGAAUCAGCACUUUAGAAAUGUGUUUGGAAAGUGUAACUAGAUGCGAAGUAGCUUUUGUUUUGUUAAUUGAUGAAUUAAAAAAUCAAUGCUAAGGAUGAUGCAUACAUGUAUAUUGCCUUUGUUUUACCCGAGGCGAAGCCCGAUGGAAAUACACGAUUUGAAGAAUAAACAAAUAUUCGAGUCUUCCCAGAGCGAGAACAAUACAUUGUGUCAUUACAUGGAAAGAUAAAACAAUUUUUGUUUACAAUAUAAAUUUCUUAAAAAACACUAUCAUAUUCCCUUGAUUCAAAUUGUUCAAAUUUGAUUCGAUUCAAUCUCGAUCACUUUUCCUCCGAAAACCCUUUAAAACAUUUAAUAGAUGACUUCUGCUAACUUCUUGGUGUUGAAAGAAUAUUAUCUAAUUUUUCUUCUUUUCAAAAUUGUUUUGUUGUGGUCUGGUUGAACUCUGAACUGGCAGGAAAAGAUUAAUACUAUAUCUCUAUUGACUUGUACAAGAGGAACUGGAUAGGGACGAUAUGAUGUUUUGUAAGCUCGGCACGCGAUCAACUUAAGAGCCAAUAACAAACGUUGUUUAAAUAUAUUAAUCUUGCGAAUUACAUCAUUGCAAAAUAUUGCUAUUUUAGGUAGUUUUUUUUAUAGAGAGUGACUUCAUAGGUAAACAACUUCCAUUGUUAUGGAUGACAUUACAGCUGGAUGCUUUUUGUAGAUAAUAAACUGUUGCGGAUGUCACUUGGGUAAAACAGUUUACUGCUGUCAGUUUUACACUGUUGUGGAUGUCACUGUGGUAAAAUAAUUUACUGUCCAGUUUAUAUACACUUUUUGAUGUCACUACGUUAAAACAAUUUACCGCUCUAAGUAAUAUACUGUUGUGGAUUUAAGUAUUACUGAAGAAUUUUUCGCUGUAGGUAAUAUAUUGUUGUGGAUGUCCAUAUUAGUAAAACAAUAUACCACUGUUAUGUAUUAAUUUUUAGGAGUGUUAUUAUUGUGAUAAAAAACGCUGAGGGCAUUUAAUGAGUGGUCAAUUGAGAAUGUAAGUGGUUUUAUUUCAACAAAUGUUGUUAUCACAGGGAAAUUAGUCAAAAGUUGAAAUUGUGGGCAAUAUGGUCUACUAUAGACCGCACAAGUUUCCGCUCAGUCGGGGCAAUAGUAAACAUAUUGCACUUUAUUUCGAAUGUCCCUUUGUAUUUGUUAAUCGGAAGAUGUUUUAACAAUACUGAGUAAAUAUUCUAUACUUCUUUCCUC